UGAUGAUGACGUCUUCUCCCCGGCGGUCAAUUCCAACGAUUGAUAGGAUUAGCAAUUUGCCGGAUUCAAUUCUCUGUCACAUUCUCUCUGAUCUUCCAACCAAACAAGCAGCCGCCACAAUCUUCCUUUCAAAGAGUUGGAAAGAUGUGUGGCUUUCAACCCUCGCUCUCGACUUUGAUGAUGAAACCUUCACAGACUUCAAAAGCUUUCACGAAUUUGUUUACUCAACCAUGUUCAAAUUGCGAAAUAAAAAGACUCCAAUCCAUUCUUUUACCUUGAAGUUAGGAAACUCUUCUCGCUUCAACCAAAAACAAUUCAAUCGAAUGUUUAAAUUUGUUAUGGAACGAGGAUGCGUGAAUCUUGACUUCAACAUGAAUGGUAAAUAUUACGUCAUCAAAAUACCUCAAAGAAUUCUCAGUUUUAAGACACUUGAAGUUCUUAAGUUGACAAACCUAGAGAUGAGAGAUUUUGAUCAAGUGGAUUUUCCUAAGCUCAAAACUCUUAGCUUGGAUAGGGUCAAAUUCAAAUCUCAUGAAUAUUUUGUCAAGUUUUUGUUUGGUUGUCCUGUUCUAGAGGAUUUGCAUACAAAAUCAAUUCAAUUCCAUGGUGCACUUUUGGAAAAGGAAAACUUGAUUGCUUUACCUAAUUUGGUCAAAGUAAGGUUUAAUGAUACUCAUACUCCAAUGUCUUUGGUUUGUAAGGCAAAGAUUUUUCAUCUAGAAAAGAUGUCGAUCUCGUCAGCAGGGCUUCCCGUGUUUCACAAUUUGACUCACCUGGAACUUAGUGUUCAUGAUUAUCAUUAUCUGUAUUUAUAUGUAAAAUGCACCUGGUUGCUUGGAAUACUCCAAUAUUUCCCCAAACUUCAACAUUUUAUCAUUAAGGAUUGUGGGGAAUCAUCACAUACUAAUUGUUUCAAUUGUUGGAAGCGUCCAGAUACUGCUCCCGAAUGCAUUUCAUCACAACUCAAAACAUGCCACAUUAAACUUUACAGAGGCGGAGAAUAUGAGUUUGAAUUUGUCAAAUAUAUUAUGCAGCAUUCUAAAGUACUAGAGAAGAUGAUAGUUACAUGCCUUUUAAACAAUGAAAUAUUACAUAAGUUAUCUUCAUGCACAAGGGGCUCUACGAGAUGUAAACUUUUAUUUGGUUGAUGAUGACGAUGAUAUUUGCAUCAUCUUGUUUGAAAAAUGUGUAGUGGUUUUCAUGAAAGAAAUGUUUUAGGGUUAAUUACAUUUGAUAUACCUGUUGGUGAUUCUAUGA